AAACCUUCAAAACUUUUACAUAUCACCACUUUAGAAUCAUUUAAAUAUGUCUGAACCAUUAGAAAAGAAGGUUGAGACUUUAUCUGUUGAAGAUAAGGCCCCUGCUGCUGCCGCUGCUCCAGCUAAGGCCGAAGCUUCUGGUGACGCUAAGCCACAAAAGGUUUCCAGAAAGGACAAGAAGAAGGCUGCUUCUGCAGGAUCCAACACCUUAUUCCUUGACCCAGAACCUGAAUUCAUUCAAUCUCGUGUCCAAUUAUUUGACGAAUUAAAGGCAAAGUACGAUGCUGAGAUCGCCGCCAAGGAACGUAAGCCAAUCAAGAUCACCCUUAAGGAUGGUAAUGUCAAGGAAGGUACCGCUUACGAAACUUCUCCUAUGGAUAUUGCUAAGGAUAUUGGUAAGUCUUUCGCUGAAAGACAAAUCGUUGCCAAGGCUGAUGGUGAAUACUGGGACUUGGAAAGACCUUUGGAAUCUGAUGUUCAAUUAGAUUUCUUGGACUUUGAAAAUGAUGAAGGUAAGAAGGUUUUCUGGCAUUCUUCUGCCCAUGUUUUGGGUGAAGCUUGUGAAGGUCAUUACGGUUGUCACUUGUCUCAUGGUCCACCAACCGAUGACGGGUUUUUCUAUGACUUGUCUAUCAACAAUGGUGAAGGUGUUGUUUCUCAAGGUGACUUUGGUAACUUGGAAAAAUGUUCUACCAAGGCCAUUAAGGAAAAGCAAAAGUUUGUUAGAUUGGAAAUGUCUAAGGAAGAUUUAUUGAAGAUGUUCAGUUACAACAAGUAUAAGGUUCACUUCAUUCAAGACAAGAUUCCAGAUGGAACGUCUACCACUGUUUAUAGAUGUGGUCCAUUGAUUGAUUUGUGUACUGGUCCUCAUAUUCCACAUACCGGUAGAAUUAAGGCUUUCAAGGUUUUGAAGAACUCUUCUUCUUAUUUCAUGGGUGAUGCCACCAACGACUCCAUGCAAAGAGUUUAUGGUAUCUCUUUCCCAGACAAGAAAUUAAUGGAUGAACAUCUUAAAUUCUUGAAGGAAGCCUCUGAAAGAGAUCAUAGAAGAAUUGGUAAAGAACAAGAAUUGUUUUACUUCAAUGAAUUGUCCCCAGGUAGUGCUUUCUGGUUACCUCAUGGUACUAGAAUUUACAACACUUUGGUUGACCUUAUGAGAAAGGAAUACAAGCAAAGAGGUUAUGAUGAAGUUAUUACUCCAAACAUGUACAACUCCAAAUUAUGGGAAACUUCCGGUCAUUGGGGUAACUAUAAGGAAAACAUGUUCUCCGUUGAUGUUGAAAAGGAAACAUAUGGUUUGAAGCCAAUGAACUGUCCAGGUCAUUGUUUGCUUUUCAAGUCUAGAGAAAGAUCUUACCGUGAAUUGCCAUGGCGUGUUGCCGAUUUCGGUGUGAUUCAUAGAAAUGAAUUCUCUGGUGCUUUGUCUGGUUUGACUAGAGUUCGUCGUUUCCAACAAGAUGAUGCCCAUAUUUUCUGUACUGAAGAUCAAAUUGAAAAGGAAAUUGGUGGUGUAUUCGAUUUCUUACAAAAGAUUUACGGAAUUUUUGGAUUUGAAUUCAAGAUGGAAUUAUCCACUAGACCUGAAAAUUAUGUCGGUGAAAUCUCCACUUGGAACAAGGCUGAAAAGAACUUGGAAAAUGCAUUGAACAAGUUCUUGGGUGAAGGUAAAUGGGUUGUUAACCCAGGUGAUGGUGCCUUCUAUGGUCCAAAGAUUGACAUUGUUAUUAGUGAUGCUUUGAAGAGAUGGUUCCAAUGUGCUACUAUUCAAUUAGAUUUCCAAUUGCCACAAAGAUUUGGUUUAGAAUACAAGUCUGAAACCAAUGAAAAGGUUAACACUAUGGCUAAGCCAGUUAUGAUUCACAGAGCUAUUUUGGGUUCUGUUGAAAGAAUGACUGCCAUUUUGACUGAACAUUACAAGGGUAAAUGGCCAUUCUGGUUGUCUCCAAGACAAAUUUUGGUUGUCCCAGUUGGUGUCAAGUACUUUGAAUAUGCUCAAGAAUUACUGGAAAAGUUGAACAAGCAAUUCGAUUUCUACGCUGAUGUUGAUGUUUCCGGUAACACUUUACAAAAGAAGGUUAGAUCUGGUCAAUUAUUACAAUACAACUUCAUUUUCAUUGUUGGUGAACAAGAACAAGAAGACAAGUCUGUCAAUGUCAGAAACAGAGACAUUCAAGAAGAACAAGGUAAGAAUGCCAUGGUUAAGUUUGAUGAUGUUGUUCAACAAUUGAUUAGAUUGAGAGAAGAAAAGAGAUCUGAUAACAAGCUUGUUUAGAUGGUAAGAGUAAAUAAUACAAUUUAAUUUGAUAUAUCACAUCCAUAUGCUUUAUAU